CUAGCCGUCAAAGAGUCUUUCUCCGAUGGCCGGUGAUGGAUGGCUUCCACAGCAUCGUCGCCGGUCCCUCUCUCCAUAGUUGCUUUUCAUUGCCCUUGUGUUUACCUAGCUGCGUCGUCUUUCUUCUUUCCCCCUUUCAAUCGGCGGUGGUGGCUCCAUUUAGAGUGGUGGCUAAUACGGUGGCUUGGCGUCGGAUCUGUGGAGUUAAUUUGCAGAUCUAUGGUGUUCUUCGAUGGAUCUGCUCUCCUGUGGCUCAGUCAAGGUUUGUUGCUGCUCGGAUGCUUUCUUCCGUUUUGGGGGAGGAAGAAGAGGAGAGGUCCGCUAGGUGGAACCAUUUCCUGGAAGAUCAUGCAGAAUCUGGUGUGUCACCUGUGACUGGAUCGUCUGAAAAUAAUCAUGUCAAUCCAAGUGAAAGGGGAUUCCACAAAUGGCGAGCAAGAAGCUCAGAAAUUGAAUUCCUUACCCUCAACGAUGAGACCAAAUCUUCAAAGGGAGUGUCUGAGAAUGAUUCUGAAGAUGACUUCUAUGAUGUGGAGAGAUCAGAUCCAAUUCAGGAUGGUUCUUCAGAUGGUACAAGUGUCUCCAGCAUGUCUGCUGCUGCUGAUGCAACUUCCCUAGCAUCUGCAUGCCCCUGGAAAGACGAACUUGAAGUUCUUGUUCAUGGCGGUGCACCUAUGGCUCUGAGGGGUGAGCUCUGGCAAGCAUUUGGGGGAGUCAAGAAACGUGGGGUCAAGAAUUAUUACCAAAAUCUGCUAGCUGCUGAUAGUCUCAGAAACGAAAUAGAGCAGGAGCAUAUGCAGCAUACAGAUGAGAAAGGUUCAAGUACAGACCCCCUCUCUGUUGUGGAAAAAUGUAAAGGACAGAUAGAAAAGGAUUUACCCCGGACAUUUCCAGGUCAUCCUGCCCUAGAUGAUGAUUUCAGAGAUGCUCUGCGGCGAUUGCUAACUGCCUAUGCUAGGCAUAAUCCCUCUGUUAGAUACUGUCAGGCAAUGAAUUUCUUCGCUGCACUUUUAUUACUUCUGAUGCUCGAAGAGAAUGCUUUUUGGUCGCUUAUAGGAAUCAUUGAUGACUACUUCCAUGAUUAUUAUUCAGAAGAGAUGAUCGAGUCCCAGGACCAAAUGAAUAUUGAAACAAAAAUCCGAAACAUUAGAUUUAUUGGAGAACUCUGGAAGUUUGAAAUUGUACCUGCUGGUCUUGUAUUCAGUUGUUUAAGACAUGUGGCUGUUUCCUUUAUCGGUCUCUCGAAACCACCACUCAGGAUGACAUAUAUGCUGGACAUAUUAAUGCGCCUGAAAAAUGUCAAGAAUUUAGAUCCUCGUCAAAGCACUCUUGUGGAAACUGCCUACUACCUGUGUAAACCUCCUGAAAGAUCAGCAAGAAUUUCUAAAGUUCGUCCACCACUGCAUCAGUAUGUUUUAAAGUGCUUUAUGAAGGUCCACAAGGGAAUUUAUGGUCAGAUUCACUUAAUUGCUUCCUUGACUUCUGGUUUGAGCCGCCAUCAUGAUGAGUUUGCGCUGGCUGUUGCUGAUGAGCAAGAGGUGCUGGAUCCACCAGAAGAUUUUUUCCCCAUCAGGAUGGUUAUCAUUCUUCUGGAAAUCUGUGGGCACUACUUUGAUCGAGGUUUUUCAAAGAAAAGGCUUGAUCAAUUUUUAAUACACUUCCAGAGAUACAUCCUGAGCAAGGGCCACCUUCCACUGGAUAUUGAAUUUGACUUGCAGGAUCUAUUUGCCAAUUUGAGACCCAAUAUGACCCGUUACGCAACCAUUGAUGAGGUCAAUGCAGCUAUACUUCAGCUGGAAGAGCGUGAACAUGCUUCUUCAGGAGACAAAAUAUUAGAGAGAAUGGAGAAGCUCACGGAGAACAAAGCGACAGCGAUUCUGGUAGUGGCUCCGUGGUCCGUGAUGGACAGAACUAAGAGUUGGAUGAUGGAAAUCAUGAGCGGGGAUUGGGUAGUAGGUGAAAACGGUGAAGAAGUGUUGGAUGAAGAGAAUGGAGAGCAAAGAGAGAGCACAAAACAGAAAGAAGUUGCGGAAUUGGAAGAGAAACAAGGCAUAAAGAGGUUUGUACUAGAGUACAAUGAGAGGUACGAAGAGGAAGCUAAUGGGUUAGGAACACAGAUAUUGAAUUGGACUCCUGGAGGAAGCAGAGGAUCGACUCGAAGUACAGGGGAAGGCAAUGGGAAGAGUGAUCUUGGAUUGACGACCCUCUCGAUCGUUGACCGUCGAAUUUGGUUCGGCUACCAUUUUCGGGCGAGAGUAAAUAAUUUUAUAAAGGGCAUGGUUUUGUUGGGGUCUGAAGUUACUUAUGGAACUGAUUGUCACAAAGACAAGAAGAUCAUCACAAGCAAUCGACGGAGAUUGGUCUUCUUGCUGAGAACUGGAAAUAUCUUGUGGCCGGUCUUAUCUCUCAGACAUGCGGCUGUUUCACCACUCAGGAUGACAAAUAUGCUGGACAUAUUAAUGCGCCUCAAAAAUGUCAAGAAUUUAGAUCCUCGUCAAAGCACUCUUGUGCAAACUGCCUACUACCUGUGUAAACCUCCUCAAAGAUCAGCAUCAGACUGUGUUUUGAGACACUCUAGAGAUGGUAGAGAAGGUACUGUGGAUGUUGAAGCCGAUUUUGAAGCCGCUUCUGAAGUUGAAGAUACUGUUGAAGCCGCUUCUGAAGUUGAAGAUACUGUUGAAGCCGCUUCUGAAGUUGAAGAUACUGUUGAAGCUGAUGAUGAGGAUGACGACAACGCCUCAAUGGACGUUGUCGUCAACUCUGAUUCAGAUCACAGCCAAGAUUCAGAUCACAGCCAAGAGGAAGAAGAUCUGGAUCCGAUUUCUCCCAAUAGCUUUCAAUUCAUGUACAAUACCGAAUGCGAUGAGGAUGUCUCAACAGCAUAUGCAGAUCUAGUUACUUCAUCUAAGAAGACAUUAGAUUCCCUCUUGAAGUUGCAAGAGGCUUUGUUUGAGAAGAACUCCUCGGUUGAUCAACAAGUGAAUGGAACAGCUAGUGCAGAAUCCAAUAAAUCAGAUGCAGACGAUAGCGAUGAAUGGCAGCGAAUAUCUGACUUGCAGAAAAGAAUGUCUGUGUUCCGAAACAAGGCUGUGGACAAAUGGCAGAGAAGAACACAAGUUACAACUGGUGCAGCUGCUAUUAAAGGAAAGCUCCACGCCUUUAACCAGUUGGUGAAAGCAAAGGAAUUUGAGAAGAAAGCCGACAAGAAGCUCAAUGGUUGGUGUCUCUUCGGUUCUAAGUACGAUGAUGCUGCUCAACUUCUCGGGGAUCAAGCCGGAAAAGCUAAUGUGAAACGGGCUAACUGUUUCCUGAAGUCAGAAAACAAACAUGAUGCUGCCAGCGCCUAUACUGAAGCCGCGAAAAACUACAAGAAAAUAAACACAAAUGAAGCGGCAUCUUGUUUAGAGCAGGCAGUGAAUAUAUAUUGCGAGAUAGGAAGACUUAGCAUGGCUGCAAGAUACUAUAAGGAAAUUGCUGAGUACUACGAAUCUGAUCAGAACAUCAAACAAGCUAUUACUUAUUUUGAAAAGGCAGCUGAGUUUUUCCAAAGUGAAGAAGUAUCUAGUUCUGCUAACCAGUGCAAGCUAAAGAUCGCCCAAUAUGCUGCCCAACUACAACAAUAUGUGAAGGCAAUAAAGAUCUAUGAAGAGGUAGCCCAAUAUUCCCUUAACAAUAACUUGCUUAAGUAUGGAGUUAAAGGGCAUCUUCACAAAGCUGGUAUUUGUCACCUAUGCAAAGGCGAUGUUGUUUCCAUUACCAAUGCCUUGGAGAAAUAUCAGGAUUUGGAUCCAACUUUUUCAGGAACACGAGAAUGCAAGUUUUUGGCGAACAUUGCUAGAACCAUUGAUGAGGAAGAUGUCGCACAGUUCACAGAUGUUGUCAAGGAAUUUGAUAGCAUGACACCUCUGGACACCUGGAAGGCAACAUUGUUAUUAAGGGUUAAGGAGAAGCUGAAGGCGAAGGAACUUGAGGACGAUGACUUAACCUAAAGAUAUUUUUAUUCAGUGAAGUUGUACUAUUUGAGAAUUAUCACAUGUGUUGGUUCAUACUCCAUUUGUCC